AUGUCUCGUCAGUCUGUCUGCAGGAGCUUCGGAGGGGGGAGCAGAAGGGGCUUUAGCUCCUGCUCCGCAAUUGGCGGCGGCUUUGGAGGCGGUGGCCGGAGCAGGAGCAGCUACAGCUCGUACUCUGUGUCCAGGGGAUUCGGAGGUGGAGGACGCUGCGGGGGCUUCGGCAGCCGGAGCCUCCACAACAUGGGGGGCAGCGCCAGGAUUUCCAUGGGCGGGUGCUACGGUGGUGGGUACGGCAGCAGGAUGGGAGGCUUUGGUGGGAGCUAUGGGGGUCUCGGCAGCUUUGGGGGCGGAAUGGGUGGAGGAGGAGGAGGUGGAAUGUGUGGCUUUGGAGGAAUGGGUGGAGGAGGAAUGGGUGGCUUUGGUGGUGGGAUGGGUGGCUUUGGUGGUGGGAUGGGUGGUGGAGGAAUGGGUGGCUUUAGUGGCCCAGGCUUUGGCAUGGGUGGACCUGGGAGAGGUGGCCCUGGGAUCCAGCCAGUGCAGAUUGACACGACCCUCCUGCGCCCGGUCCAUGUUGAGAUUGAUCCCCAGAUCCAGCAAGUUAAAAACCAGGAGAAGGAGCAGAUCAAGACCCUGAACAACCAGUUUGCCUCCUUCAUUGACAAGGUCCGGUUCCUGGAGCAGCAGAACAAGGUGCUCUCCACCAAGUGGGAGCUGCUCCAGCAGCAAGGGCCGUCGGGGCCCAGGAAGAACCUGGAUGUGAUCUUUGAGAACUACAUCCAGAACCUGCGGAGGCAGCUGGAUUCAAUCCUGGCGCAGCGGGGCCAGCUGGAAUCAGAGCUGCAGAACAUGCAGCAGUACGUCGAGGAUUACAAAACCAAGUAUGAGGAAGAGAUCAACCGGCGCACGACAGCCGAGAAUGAGUUUGUGGUGCUGAAGAAGGAUGUGGACAGUGCCUACAUGACCAAAGUUGAGCUGGAAGCCAGGGUGGGAGCUCUGACAGAUGAAAUCAACUUCCUGAGGUGCAUCUAUGAGGAGGAGCUGGCUCAGAUGCAGACGAUCAGCCGGGACCUGUCCGUGGUGGUGUCCAUGGACAACAACCGGCACCUGGACCUGGACAGCAUCAUCGAGGAGGUCCGGCGCCAGUACGAGCAGAUUGCCCAGAGCAGCCGGGCUGAGGCCGAGGCCUGGUACCAGAGCCAGUACGAGCAGCUCCAGAGCACGGCCGGCCGGCACGGGGACAACCUCCGCAACACCAAGAUUGAGAUCCAGGAGCUGACCAGGAAUGUCCAGAGGCUGCGGGCUGAGAUUGAGAACGUGAAGAAGCAGAACCAACAGUUGCAGGCAGCCAUUGCUGAGGCUGAGGAGAGGGGGGAGAUGGCUCUCAAAGAUGCCAGGUUGAAGCUGGAAGAGCUGGAGAGUGCCCUGCAGAAGGACAAGGAGGAGCUGGCUCGCCUGCUGAAGGAGUACCAGGAGCUGCUGAAUGUCAAGAUUGCACUGGACGUUGAGAUCGCCAUGUACAGGAAGCUGCUGGAGGGAGAGGAGAACAGGCUCUGCAACGACAGCAUGGCCAACGUUAAUGUCUCUGUGGUAGGCAGGACGACUGUCUCUGGAGGCAGAGGAGGCAUGGGAGGAGGAUUCGGAGGCAGCGGCAUGGGAGGAGGAUUCGGAGGCGGCAGCUGCGGAAUGGGAGGAGGAUUCGGAGGCGGCAGCGGCAUGGGAGGAGGAAUGGGAGGAGGCGGCAUCUGCGGCAUGGGAGGCAGCAGCUUUGGAGGAGGCAGCAUGGGCGGCAGCUGUGGGAUGGGGGGAGGAAUGUACUCCGGUGGCUUCUCCUCUGGAAGCGGAAGGAUGUGCGGCUCUGGCGGGGGAUCCUCCUCUGUGCGGAGAUGCGUCACCACCACCUCGGUCAAAUCUUCGGGAGUGAGAUUCUGA